ACAGAAUCAUCAUGAGGAUAAUCGUCAAAGUCAAAUUCGGUGCAUCUGCGGAUUUGUUGACACCUUCGGAUUGUUCGACGAUAGUGAAAGCCAUGCGAACCGCGGAUUCACUGCUGGUCAUGGUCCUGGAAGUCCAAGGAGAAGCCAAACUGGAAACACUUCGCCACAGGUUCAAAACGACUUUGGUGGACGCCAGAGCAGAAAAUGGGGCGCUUCUGCACCCGAAACUCAGCUCCACGUUUGAAUAUUUCCACGGGUACAGGAUUUACUAUCCGUGCAAGACUUUCGACAUUGGGAACCAUUUCAAUGUCAUUUUGGAUGCCAAAGGAUCUCCUCUGGUAGUUGAGACCGACAAGGAGUUUGAGGACGCUGUGGAGCAAGUGGCCAAUUCAGAGAUUUUCCCACAGGAUCGACUAGCGCCAAGAUGGCGA